GUGGUAGAGGGAGAGAGCAAGCCAGCGAGUGUGCCCGCUGCGCCGAGCCCGUUAGCGCCCUUGGCCGAGAGUCCCGCCAGCGUCGAGUCAUGUCCCGCUACCUGCGCCCCCCGAACACGUCGCUGUUCGUCUGGAACGUGGCGGACGACACCUGGUCCGAAGAUUUACGGCGGGAAUUUGGUUGUUAUGGACCAAUAGUUGAUGUGUAUGUUCCGCUUGAUUUCUACACUCGCCGACCCAGAGGAUUUGCUUAUGUCCAAUUUGAGGAUGUUCGAGAUGCUGAAGAUGCUUUACAUAAUUUGGACAGAAAAUGGAUUUGUGGACGCCAAAUUGAAAUACAGUUUGCACAGGGGGAUCGGAAAACUCCAAAUCAGAUGAAAGCCAAGGAAGGGAGGAAUGUGUACAGCUCUUCACGCUAUGAUGAUUAUGAUAGAUACAGACGUUCUCGAAGCCGAAGUUAUGAAAGGAGGAGGUCAAGAAGUCGAUCCUUUGAUUACAACUAUAGAAAAUCUUAUAGUCCUAGAAACAGUAGACCGACGGGAAGACCACGGCGUAGCAGAAGCCAUUCCGACAAUGAUAGACCAAACUGCAGCUGGAAUACCCAGUACAGUUCUGCUUACUACACUUCAAGAAAGAUCUGAGAAAGCGGAAAAAGAACCAAAGAAGGGCAGUUCAAGCGACCAAAGGGUGGGUGGAAGGUGCUGCAGUAUGAAUACUGUGUGAAUAUUUUGACUCUGGUCUGAAAAGAUAAAAGAAUGUUACCGAA